UAACGACUGUGAAACUCAUUCACUGUGUAGUAUUUGCAUACGAUUCGCAGAGUUCAGUCUUGAUCGAUAGCUUGCUCAGAGAGCAACUGUUUCAGCGGUGUGUGGCUAUCUCGUGAAACGUGUGUUUCGUUUUGUGUGUUGUUUCUUUUUCGAUGUUGAGUUUUUGCUUUUAUUUUGUAGCUAUAUAAUUCGUGUGUACGGAGUGAGAUAGAGAGAGAAGAAACAUUCGAGCGCCCAAUGUUCCACGGAAAAUAUAUUGAAUAUUUUUGUUUUAGUUUGUAGGAACUUUAAGCUUCAAGUUCAUUUGUGUUUAAUAGAAAAUAUGCAUAAAUUCAUAGUUGUUCGUUGAAACGAAGAGAGAAGGAAAAAAAAAAGAUUAUUAAUUUGCAAAAAUUCUCAAUCUCGUCUGAAUUAAUAGAAGGAGAAAAAAAAUCUAUCAUCGUCGAUCAACAUAAAUUCAAUCAAAAGAAAACGAAAACGAGAGAGAGAGAGAGAGAGAGAGAGAGAGAGAGAAAAACAAAUAAAUAUUCACAAUAUGCAGACAAAUCGUGAUUUUUUCAUAUUAGUCAUAAAAUACUAUAGGGAUUGACCGCGUGAAUAUUUUAACCAUUUGCAUAACAAAUGAAUAGCUCUCGACCGCGAACAAGUUUCAAACUACACUGAAAAUGGCUCAAAUGGAGAGCAUGAGAUGAUAAAACAAAAGCCACCAGUUGACAUACAAAAAAAAAUUGUAUUACAAAAUCGAAAUAGUAUUGACCGUAUCAAAAAGUGACACACAUGAUUAGUGGUUUCAAAGAGAUAAUUGAUUCAUCGAAUGCCAAAUUCAAAUACAGAUAGCAUCAAACGACUGUGUUGAAAUUGAUGAAUUAAAACUAGGGGCACCUGUAUCUUCGCCACAGAAAGAACAAAAGAAAAAAAUAACAAAGUCCCAACUAUAAACAUACACAGAGAGACAAAACACACCGAUACAGCAACAACAGCGGCAGUAGCAGCAGCGAUUCAGGAAUAAAAAAUACUGAGAGAUACACACACACACACUAUCUCUCUCGGUUUUAUAAUGGCACUAAUGAAUUUUUCAUUGCCGUUUAGUGGUUCAGUGGCACCAUCAAAUUGGAUCACAACAGCAAACCCGCUUCAGCAGCCUCAUGCAACAGUUGUCAAUGAAUUGCUAUACAGUCCUGAAGGUCAUCAAGCUGAUAGCACGGCAAAUGGUCCACAAUUCUACAAAAAUGACCCAUAUUCACAUCCAACACAACAUCAGCAACAACAACAGCAUCAAUCGCCGCACUAUCAACGGCAAACAUUCCAUUAUCGAUCUCGUGCUACCGCCAACAAUUACCUACCGCCACCGCCGUCCAAUUUUAAUCACGAGCGGCCACCGAUUAAAUCACAGCACAUACCACAAUUACAACCACCAUUGGAGACCGGCAACAACAACGGUGAUUUAAAAACGAGAACUGUCACAAACUACCAAAGUCAUCAUCAGACGCAAGCAUUUGGCGAUAGUCGCUACGAGGCACAUGAAUUUUAUAAUGAAAACAUUAGCAGUAGUUUUAAUAAUAGUGAUGUUGAUAGUCAACCACCUGCAUACGAUUCAAUUGUGGCCACAGCAACGCCACAGCCGCCGAUAACCAAUGAAAAACUAACAAUUGAAAAUGAUGGCAAAACGUACACGUUCCCCGCCAAUCGACCAACAUACACACAAGUGCAAGCUGGCCAUGGCUCAAAAACACAAGUGCAUGCGGUCUUGGACUAUGAUAAUGACGAAUACUAUGACGAAGAGAAUGUCGAUCCAAAAGAUCCAUCGCUGACGCCAAUUCAAGGUCCAAUUUUCAUCAAAAAUGGCUCCGUUCCAGUAGUUCCUCUAUUUUCUUAUCCUACUAUGAAUAACGGUACCUUCAUACGGAUUCCUAUUUGGUGGACAGCAUUAUCUGUAGCAUUGGGCUUAGAGAUACGUGGCGAUGUUAUAAAGGGCACACCAUGCGUUAAGCGAAACAAUCAACUGUUUUGUCCUACAGCAGGAAAUAGCUAUCCAAUCGAGCGAAUUGAAGAGUUCAUCGAUGAAAAUAAAGCGUUAAUGAGACGAAUGUAUGGUGACUUUAGGUCGACACAAUUCAGGGAACCACCAAUACAAACAAGACGAAAACGUGACGCAACCAAUUACGACAACAUGCCCGGCAUUCCAGAUAUUACAGCACCGUUCAAUGCAAAACUUAACUUGUAUCCAGAGGAUACGGUGAUGGGUGGCGACACGUUCUUUGGUCACAUACGAGAAAAACGACAGGCCAAGCAAAACAAAGCAAACCAAAAACCAUCGAUUCCGAACCCAAAUCCAUCAACAGAACCAUCAUCGAAUCGAGUGGAUGCUUGUGAAUCGAAAAUUGAAAUUGUAACGCCUUAUUGGGCCUCAAAUUCGGCUGGAAAAAUCCGUGCCAUUGUCAAUACUCAACACUUUGAACAGGCAAUCCACCAAGAAGUCUGCACAAAAAUGCAGACAAACCGUUGUGGAGGCGAUUGCGGUUGCGAGCAAAAAUACAAAUGGCAUCGGUUGCUUGCUUAUGAUCCGGACAAUGAUUGCAUGGGUAUAUUCAUGGAUUGGUUCCUGUUUCCAUCGUGUUGCGUUUGUCGUUGCAAUAAAACUUAAGAAUCGGCUAUUAAAAAACCAUAUCAGCAGUUCACAAAUAUUUAUAUUAGAGUGGAUGACUUUUUCUUUCUCUCGCAGACAAUGCUAACGAAAUUUCAAUGUUGAACUGAGUUCAGGCCCUUUUGCACCUUUCUUUUAUUCUUCUCAACAGACAAUGAUAAUUAAUUUAGCUUUCAUUCAGACUAUUGCUGCCUUUUUAUUCAUAAUGAUUAAAAAAAAAACAUUCUAUUUGCAGUCCUUCAAUUUGAGUUUUCAUGAUAUUCUUAGUUUUUAUUCGUGCAAGAUGUUACCAAUAGUAAGGUUGAAAAUAAAAAUGUUUUGCUUACAAAAAAAA